CACAAGGACUGUGCUUUGAACAUGGGACUUCCCGGGUGCCUCCUGCUCCCAGCUGGGCACCCCCUUGACAGGAGGUCAGCUGCCUGCGCAGGUGCUGGGAACACAAGGAUCCCCAUCCUCCUGGCCUGGUUUUGGGCUUCCAUGACAGGAUUCCCCAUGGCAGACUCAGGCAUCCCAGAACUAACUCAGCUCCGACUGGUGAACGGCCCAAAUCGCUGCUCUGGGAGAGUCGAGGUGCUUCACAACCAGCAGUGGGGAGCCGUGUGUGAUGACAGCUGGGACUUAACUGAUGCUGGAGUCGUGUGCAGGCAGCUGGGCUGUGGGGCGGCGUUAUCAGCCCCAGGCUAGGCUCAAUUUGGACAAGGAUCUGGCCCAAUUUGGCUGGAUGAGGUUACCUGCACAGGGACUGAAGCUGCCCUCUCCGAAUGCAGGGCUAAGCCUUGGGGAGACCAUAACUGUCACCACGGAGAAGUUGCCGGUAUUGUGUGCUCAGACUCUGGUAUCUCAGAAGUGGCUCAGCUCCGACUGGUGAACGGCCCAAGUCGCUGCGCUGGGAGAGUCGAGGUGCUUCACAACCAGCAGUGGGGAACCGUGUGUGAUGACGGCUGGGACAUAACUGAUGCUGGAGUCGUGUGCAGGGAGCUGGGCUGUGGGACGGCCUUAUCAGCCCCAGGAGGGGCUCGAUUUGGGCGAGGAUCAGACCCUAUCUGGCUGGAUGACGUUCACUGCACAGGGAAAGAAGCUGCCCUCACCGAAUGCAGGGCUCGGCCUUGGGGAGACAGUAACUGUGACCACGGAGAAGAUGCCGGUGUUGUGUGCUCAGACUCCGGCAUCUCAGAAGUGGCUCCGCUCCGACUGGUGAACGGUUCAAGUCGCUGCGCUGGGAGAGUCGAGGUGUUUCACAACCAGCAGUGGGGAACCGUGUGUGAUGCCAGCUGGGACUUACAGGAUGCUGGCGUCGUGUGCAGGCAGCUGGGCUGUGGGAUGGCAUUAUCAGCCCCAGUUGGGGCUCAUUUUGGGCAAGGAUCUUUCCGUAUUUGGCUGAAUAAUGUCAACUGCACAGGGACAGAAGUUGCCUUCUCCGAUUGCCGGGCUCGGCCUUGGGGAGACAAUAACUGUACCCAUGGAGAAGAUGCUGGUGUCAAGUGCUCAGAUUCCGGCAUCUCAGAAGUGGCUCAGCUCCGACUGGUGAAUGGUCCGAGUCUCUGCGCUGGGAGAGUCGAGGUGCUUCACAACCAGCACUGGGGAACCGUGUGUGAUGACAGCUGGGACAUAACUAAUGCUGGAGUCGUAUGCAGGCAGCUGAGCUGUGGCACGGCAUUAUCAGCCCCAGGAGGUGCUCGAUUUGGGCGAGGAUCAGACCCAAUCUGGCUGGAUGAUGUUCAGUGCACAGGGACAGAAGAUGCCCUCUCUGAUUGCGGGGCUCGGCCUUGGGGAGACAAUAACUGUCACCACCGAAAAGAUGCCGGUGUUUUGUGCUCAGACUCCAGAAUCUCAGAAGUGGCUCAGCUCCGACUGGUGAAUGGUUCGAGUCGCUGCGCUGGGAGAGUCGAGGUGUUUCACAACCAGCGGUGGGGAACUGUCUGUGAUAACGGCUGGGACAUAACUGAUGCUGGAGUUGUGUGCAGGCAGCUGGGCUGUGGGACAGCGUUAUCAGCCCCACGAGGGGCUCAAUUUGGCCGAGGAUCAGCCCGUAUCUGGCUGGAUAAUGUCAACUGCGCAGGGACAGAAGCUGCCCUCUCCGAUUGCAGGGCUUGGCAUUGGGGAGACAAUAACUGUACCCACGGAGAAGAUGCUGGUGUCGAGUGCUCAGACUCUGGCAUCUCAGAAGUGGCUCAGCUCCGACUGGUGAACGGCCCAAGUCGCUGCGCUGGGAGAGUCGAGGUGCUUCACAACCAGCAGUGGGGAACCGUGUGUGAUGACAGCUGGGACAUAACUGAUGCUGGAGUGGUGUGCAGGCAGCUGGGCUGUGGGACGGCGUUAUCAGCCCCUGGGAGAGCUCGAUUUGGGGGAGGAUCAGACCGUAUCUGGCUGGAUGACGUUCACUGCACGGGGACAGAAGCUGCCCUCUCUGAAUGCAGGGCUCGGCUUUGGGGAGCCAGUAACUGUAACCAUGGAGAAGAUGCCGGUGUUGUGUGCUCAGACUCCGGCAUCUCAGAAGUGGUUCAGCUCCGACUGGUGAAUGGUUCUAGUCACUGCGCUGGGAGGGUCGAGGUGCUUCACAACCAGCAGUGGGGAACCGUGUGUGAUGACAGCUGGGACUUACAGGAUGCUGGAGUCGUGUGCAGGCAGCUGGACUGUGGGACGGCGUUAUCAGCCCUAGUUGGGGCUCAUUUUGGGCAAGGAUCUGACCAUAUUUGGCUGAAUAAUGUCAACUGCACAGGGACAGAAGUUGCCCUCUCCGAUUGCAGGGCUCGGCCUUGGGGAGACAAUGACUGUACCCACGGAGAAGAUGCUGGUGUCGAGUGCUCAGAAGUGGCUCAGCUCCGACUGGUGAAUGGUCCGAGUCUCUGCGCUGGGAGAGUCGAGGUGCUUCACAACCAGCAGUGGGGAACCGUGUGUGAUGACAGCUGGGACAUAACUGAUGCUGGAGUCGUAUGCAGGCAGCUGAGCUGUGGCAUGGCGUUAUCAGCCCCAGGAGGGGCUCGAUUUGGGGGAGGAUCUGACCAUAUCUGGCUGGAUGACGUUCACUGCACAGGGACAGAAGCUGCCCUCUCCCAUUGCAGGGCUCAGCCUUGGGGAUACAAUAACUGUAACCACAAAGAAGAUGCUGGUGUUGUGUGCUCAGACUCAGUUAUUUCAGAAGUGGCUCAGCUCCGACUGGUGAACGGCCCGAGUCGCUGCACGGGGAGAGUUGAGGUGCUUCACAACCAGCUGUGGGGAACCGUGUGUGAUGACAGCUGGGACAUAAAUGAUGCUGGAAUCGUGUGCAGGCAGCUGGGCUGUGGGAUGGCGUUAUCAGCCCCAGGAGGGGCUCGAUUUGGGCGAGGAUCAGACCCUAUCUGGCUGGAUGAUGUUCACUGCACAGGGACAGAAGCUGCCCUCACCGAAUGCAGGGCUCGGCCUUGGGGAGACAAUAACUGUCACCACGGAGAAGAUGCCGGUGUUGUGUGCUCAGACUCCGGCAUCUCUGAAGUGUCUCAGCUCCGACUGGUGAACGGCCCGAGUCGCUGCGCUGGGAGGGUCGAGGUGCUUCACAACCAAGAGUGGGGAACCGUGUGUGAAGACAACUGGGACAUAACUGAUGCUGGAGUUGUGUGCAGGCAGCUGGGCUGUGGGACGGCGUUAUCAGCCCCAGGAGGGGCUCGAUUUGGGCGAGGAUCAGACCCUAUCUGGCUGAAUGAUGUUCACUGCACAGGGACAGAAGCUGCCCUCUCCCAUUGCAGGGCUCAGCCUUGGGGAUACAAUAACUGUAACCACAGAGAAGAUGCUGGUGUUGUGUGCUCAGGCUCAGGCAUCUCAGAAGUGUCUUUGCUCCAGCAAGUGAAUGGCCACAAUCACUGGGCUGGGAGAGUCGAGGUGUUUCAUAACCAGCAGUGGGGAACUGGGUGUGAUGGCAGCCUUACAUGAUGCUGGAGUUGUGUGCUAGGCUGUGGGACGGCGUUAUCAGAGCCACAUGGGGCUAGAUUUGGACAAGGAUCUGACCGUCCCUGGCUGGAUGAGGUUAACUGCACAGGGGCAGAAGCUGCCAACUUCAAAUGCAGGGCUAGGCCUUGGGGAGACCAUAACUACAAUUAUGCGGAAGAUGCCGGUGUUGUGUGCUCAGGCUCAGGCAUCUUAGAAGUGGCUCCGCUCCGACUGGUGAACGGCCCAAGUCGCUGCGCUGGGAGAGUGGAGGUGCUUCACAACCAGCAGUGGGGAACCGUGUGUGAUGGCAGCUGGGGCUUGUCCAAUGCUGAAGUCGUGUGCAGGCAGCUGGGCUGUGGGAUGGCGUUAUCAGCACCACGUGGGGCUCACUUUGGACAAGGAUCUGACCGUGUGUGGCUGGAUGAGGUUCAGUGCACAGGGGCAGAAGCUGCCCUCACCGAAUGCAAGGCUAAGCCUUGGGGAGAACAUGGCUGUAACCCCGGAGAAGAUGCCAGUGUUGUGUGCUCAGAUCAGGGCCAGCUGAGGCUGCAGUUGACGAGUGGCCCAAGCCCCUGCUCUGGGCGAGUGGAGGUGCUGAUUAACGACACCUGGGGUGCCUUGUGUGACGCCGGCUGGGGCCUGCCGGAGGCGGGGGUGGUAUGCAAGCAGCUGGGUUGUGGCAUGGCGCUGUCAGCCCCGGGGGUUGCUCAGUUCGGCCACGGGGCCGGCGACGUCUGGCUGGAGGGCUUGAGCUGCUCAGGCCAGGAGUCUCUCAUCAGCGAGUGCCACCUGAGCCGGCUGGGUCCUGGGCUGUGUGGCAAUGGCUCUGAGGCCAGCGUGGUGUGUGCCGGGCAGGCCGACUCAGGCAUCCCAGGACUAACUCAGCUCCGACUGGUGAAGGGCCCAAGUCGCUGCGUUGGGACAGUCGAGGUGCUUCACAACCAGCAUUGGGGAACCGUGUGUGAUGACAGCUGGGAUUUAACUGAAGCCAGAGUUGUGUGCAGGCAGCUGGGCUGUGGGACGGCGUUAUCAGCUCCACGUGGGUCUCGGUUUGGACAGGGAACUGACCGUAUCUGGCUGGAUGAGGUUAACUGCACAGGGACAGAAGCUGCCCUCUCCGAAUGCAGGGCUCGGCCUUGGGGAGAGAAUAACUGUAACCACAUGAAAGUUGCUGUUGUUGAGUGCUCAGACUCGGUCAUUCCAGACCCAGGUCCUCUCCGACUGGUGAACGGCCCCAAUCGCUGUGCUGGGACAGUUGAGGUGCUUCAUAACAAUGAGUGGGGAACCGUGUGUGAUGACAGCUGGGACUUAACUGAUGCUGGAGUCGUGUGCAGGCAGCUGGGCUGUGGGGCGGCGUUAUCAGCCCCAGGCUGGGCUCGAUUUGGACAAGGAUCUGGCUCAAUUUGGCUGGAUGAGGUUAACUGCACAGGGACUGAAGCUGCCCUCUCCGAAUGCAGGGCUCGGCCUUGGGGAGACCAUAACUGUCACCACGGAGAAGAUGCCGGUAUUGUGUGCUCAGAUUCUGGCAUUUCAGAAGUCGCUCAGCUCCGACUGGUGAAAGGCCCGAAUCGCUGCGCUGGGAGAGUCGAGGUGCUUUACAACCAGCAGUGGGGAACUGUGUGUGAUGACCGCUGGGACAUAACUGAUGCUGGAGUCGUGUGCAGGCAGCUGGGCUGUGGGACGGCGUUAUCAGCCCCACGAAGGGCUCAAUUUGGGCGAGGAUCAGAUCGUAUCUGGCUGGCUGACGUUCACUGCUCAGGGACAGAAGUUGCCCUCUCUGAAUGCAGGGCUCGGUUUUGGGGAGACAGUUACUGUAACCAUGGAGGAGAUGCCGGUGUUGUGUGCUCAGCUUCCAGAAUCUCAGAAGUGGCUCCGCUCCGACUGGUGAACGGUUCGAGUCGCUGCACUGGGAGAGUUGAAGUAUUUCAUAACAGGAAGUGGGGGACUGUGUGUGAUAACAGCUGGGACUUACAGGAUGCUGGAGUCGUGUGCAGGCAGCUGGGCUGCGGGAUGGUGCUAUCAGCCCCCACCAGGGCUCACUUUGGGCAAGGAUCUGAACCUAUCUGGCUGGCUGACGUCAACUGCACAGGGACAGAAGUUACCCUCACCCAAUGCAGGGCUCGGCCUGUGGGACAGAAUAACUGUACCCAUGGAGAAGAUGCUGGAGUUGAGUGCUCAGACUUAGGAAUUUCAGAAGUGGAUCAGCUCCGACUGGUGAAUGGCCCAAGUCGCUGCGCUGGGAGAGUCGAGGUGCUUCACAACCAGCAGUGGGGAACCGUAUGUCAUGAUGGCUGGGACAUAACUGAGGCUGGAGUCGUGUGCAGGCAGCUGGGCUGUGGGACGGCAUUAUCGGCCCCUAGGAAAGCUCGAUUUGGGCAAGGACCUGACCGUAUAUGGCUGGAUGACAUCAUCUGCAAAGGGACAGAAGCUGCCCUCUUCGAUUGCAGGGCACGGCCUUGGGGAGACAAUAACUGUAACCAUGGAGAAGAUGCCGGUGUUGUGUGCUCAGACUCCGGCAUCUCAGAAGUGACUCAGCUGCGACUGGUGAACGGUUUGAGUCGCUGCGUUGGGAGAGUCGAGGUGUUUCACAACGAGCAGUGGGGAACCGUGUGUGAUGACAGCUGGGACUUACAGGAUGCCGGAGUCGUGUGCAGGCAGCUGGGCUGUGGGACUGCGUUAUCAGCCCCACGAGGGGCUCAUUUUGGGCAAGGAUCUGACCAUAUUUGGCUGAAUAAUGUCAACUGCACAGGGACAGAAGUUGCCCUCUCAGAUUGCAGGGCUCGGCCUUGGGGAGACAAUAACUGUACCCAUGGAGAAGAUGCUGGUGUCGAGUGCUCAGAUUCUGGCAUUUCAGAAGUGGCUCAGCUCCGACUGGUGAAAGGCCCGAGUCGCUGCGCUGGUAGGGUCGAGGUGCUUCACAACCAGCAGUGGGGAACCGUGUGUGAUGAUGGCUGGGACAUAACUGAUGCUGGAGUCGUAUGCAGGGAGCUGGGCUGUGGGACGGCGUUAUCAGCCCCAGGAGGGGCUCGAUUUGGGCGAGGAUCAGAUCGUAUCUGGCUUGCUGGCGUUCACUGCUCAGGGACAGAAGUUGCCCUCUCCAAAUGCAGGGCUCGUCCUUGGGGAGACAAUAACUGCACCCAUGGAGAAGAUGCCGGAGUUGUGUGCUCAGAUUCUGGCAUUUCAGGUCUGGCUCAGCUCCGACUGGUGAAUGGCCCAAGUCGCUGUGCUGGGAGAGUCGAGGUGCUUCACAACCAGCAGUGGGGAACUGUGUGUGAUGACAUCUGGGACAUAAGUCAUGCUGGAGUCGUGUGCAGGCAGUUGGGCUGUGGGACGGCAUUAUCAGCCCCUCGGAGAGCUCGAUUUGGGCAAGGAUCAGACCGUAUCUGGCUGGAUGACGUCAACUGCACAGGGACAGAAGCUGCCCUCACUGAAUGCAGGGCUCAGCCUUGGGGAGACAAUAACUGUAUUCCCGGAGAAGAAGCUGGUGUUGUGUGCUCAGAUGCUGGCAUCUCAGAAGUGGCUCAGCUCCGACUGGUAAAUGGUUCGAGUCGCUGCAAUGGAAGAGUCGAGGUGUUUCAUAACAAGAAGUGGGGGACCGUGUGUGAUGACAGCUGGGACCUACAGGAUGCUGGAGUCGUAUGCAGGCAGCUGGGCUGUGGGAUGGUGUUAUCAGCCCCACGAGGGGCUCGAUUUGGGCGAGGAUCUGACCAUAUAUGGCUGGAUAAUGUCAACUGCACAGGGACAGAAGUUGCCCUCUCUGAUUGCAGGGCUCGGCCUUGGGGAGACAAUAACUGUACCCACGGAGAAGAUGCUGGUGUCGACUGCUCAGGCUCUUCGAAAGUGGCUCCGCUCCGACUGGUUAAUGGCCCAAGUCGCUGCGCUGGGAGAGUCGAGGUGCUUCUCAAUGAGCAGUGGGGAACUGUGUGUGAUGACGGUUGGAACAUUAUUCAUGCUGGAGUCGUGUGCAGGCAGCUGGACUGUGGAACGGCGUUAUCAGCCCCUGGGGGAGCUCGAUUUGGGCGAGGAUCAGAUCGUAUCUGGCUGGAUGACGUCCACUGCACAGGGACAGAAGCUGUCCUCUCCCAAUGCAGGGCUCGGCCUUUGGGACACAAUAACUGUAACCACGGAAAAGAUGCCGGUGUUGUGUGCUCAGAAGUGGCUCAGCUCCAACUGGUGAAUGGUCCAAGUCGCUGCGCUGGGAGAGUCGAGGUGUUUCACAACCAGCAGUGGGGAACUGUGUGUGAUGAAAGCUGGGACUUACAGGAUGCCGGAGUCGUGUGCAGGCAGCUGGGCUGUGGGACGGCGUUAUCAGCCCCACGAGGAGCUCAUUUUGGGCAAGGAUCUGACCAUAUUUGGCUGGAUAAUGUCAACUGCACAGGGACAGAAGUUGCCCUCUCAGAUUGCAGGGCUCGGCUUUGGGGAGAAAAUAACUGUACCCACGGAGAAGAUGCUGGUGUCGAGUGCUCAGAUUCUGGCAUUUCAGAAGUGGCUCAGCUCCGACUGGUGAACGGCCCGAGUCGCUGCGCUGGGAGAGUCGAGGUGCUUCACAACCAGCUGUGGGGAACCGUGUGUGAUGACAGCUGGGACAUAACUGAUGCUGGAGUCGUCUGCAGGGAGCUGGGCUGUGGGAUGGCGUUAUCAGCCCCAGGAGGGGCUCGAUUUGCGGGAGGAUCUGACCGUAUCUGGCUGGAUGAUGUUCGCUGCACAGGGACAGAAGUUGCCCUCACUGAAUGCAGGGCUCGGCCUUGGGGAGACAAUAACUGUAACCACGGAGAAGAUGCUGGUGUUGUGUGCUCAGGAAACCUCAAAGUGGCUCAGCUCCGACUGGUGAACGGCCCGAGUCGCUGCGCUGGGAGAGUCGAGGUGUUUUGUAACAAGAAGUGGGGAACCGUGUGUGAUGACAACUGGGACAUAACUGAUGCUGGAGUGGUGUGCAGGCAGCUGGGCUGUGGGACAGCGUUAUUAGCCCCUGCUGCGGCCUACUUUGGGCCAGGAUCUGACCAUAUCUGGUUGGAUAAUGUCAACUGCACAGGGACAGAAGCUGCCCUCACCGAAUGCAGGGCUCGGCCUUGGGGAGACAAUAACUGUACCCACGGAGAAGAUGCCGGUGUUGUGUGCUCAGGCUCAGGCAUCUCAGAAGUGGCUCCGCUCCGACUGGUGAACGGCCCAAGUCGCUGCGCUGGGAGAGUCGAGGUGCUUCACAACCAGCUGUGGGGAACCGUGUGUGAUGACAGCUGGGGCUUGUCCGAGGCUGAAGUCGUGUGCAGGCAGCUGGGCUGUGGGAAGGCGUUAUCAGCGCCACGUGGGGCUCACUUUGGACAAGGAUCUGACCGUGUGUGGCUGGAUGAGGUUCAGUGCACAGGGGCAGAAGCUGCCCUCACCGAAUGCAAGGCUAAGCCUUGGGGAGAGCAUGGCUGUAACCCCGGAGAAGAUGCCAGUGUUGUGUGCUCAGAUGCAGGCCUCUCAGAACUUGCUCAUCUGCGACUGGUGAACGGCCCGAGUCGCUGCGCUGGGAGAGUCGAGGUGCUUCACAACCAGCUGUGGGGAACCGUGUGUGAUGACUUCUGGGAUUUAACGGAGGCCAUAGUCGUGUGCAGGCAUCUGGGCUGUGGGACGGCAUUAUCAGCCCCACGUCGGUCUCGGUUUGGACAGGGAGCUGACCGUAUCUGGCUGGAUGAAGUUUACUGCAUAGGGAGAGAAGCUGCCCUCUCUGAAUGCUGGGCUCCACCUUGGGGAGAGCAUAACUGUACCAGCAGACAAGAUGCCGGUGUUGUGUGCUCAGGCUCCAACGUCUCAGAAGUGGCUCAGCUCCGAUUGGUGAACGGUUCAAGUCACUGCACUGGGAGAGUCGAGGUGUUUUAUAACAAGAAGUGGGGAACCGUGUGUGAUGACAGCUGGGACAUAACUGAUGCUGGAGUUGCAUGCAGGCAGCUGGGCUGUGGGAUGGCGUUAUCAGCCCCAGAAGGGGCUCGAUUUGGGCGAGGAUCAGACCACAUUUGGCUGGAUAAUGUCAACUGCACAGGGACAGAAGUUGCCCUCUCCCAAUGCAGGGCUAGGCCUUGGGGAGACAAUAACUGUACCCAUGGAGAAGAUGCUGGUGUUGUGUGCUCAGAAGCCGGCAUUUCAGAGCAGAUUCCAAUCCGACUGGUGAAUGGCCCAAGUCACUGUGCUGGGAGAGUCGAGGUGCUUCACAACCAGCAGUGGGGAACCGUAUGUGAUGGCAACUGGGACAUAAUUGAUGCUGGAGUCGUGUGCAGGCAGCUGGGCUUUGGGACGGCGUUAUCAGCCCCAGGAGGGGCUCGAUUUGGGCAAGGAUCUGACCGUAUCUGGCUGGAUGACGUCAGCUGCACAGGGACAGAAGCUGCCCUCUCCGAUUGCAGGGCUAGGCCUUGGGGAGACAAUCACUGUAACCACGGAAAAGAUGCCAGUGUUGUGUGCUCAGAUUCAGCCAUUUCAGAGCAGAUUCCGCUCCGACUGGUGAACGGUCCGAGUCGCUGCACUGGGAGAGUCGAGGUGCUUCUCAACCAGCUGUGGGGAACCGUGUGUGAUCAUGACUGGGACAUAAUUGAUGCUGGAGUCGUGUGCAGGCAGCUGGAAUGUGGGUUGCCAUUAUCAGCCCCAGGAAGGGCUCGAUUUGGGCAAGGAUCAGGGAAAAUCUGGCUGGAUGUCAUCAAGUGCACAGGGACAGAAGCUGCCCUCUCCAAUUGCAGGGUUCGGCCUUGGGGAGACAGUAACUGUACCCACGGAGAAGAUGUUGGUGUUGUGUGCUCAGAUCAGGGCCCACUGAGGCUGCGGCUGACGAAUGGCUCAAGCCCCUGCUCCGGGCGAGUGGAGGUGCUGAUUAAUACCAUCUGGGGUGUUGUUUGUGACGCCGGCUGGGGCCUGCCAGAGGCGGGGGUGGUGUGCAAACAGCUGGGCUGCGGCUCGGCCCUGUCAGCCUCAGGAGUUCAGUUUGGUCAAGGGGCCGGCGACUUCUGGCUGGACAGCGUUAUGUGCUCGGGCCAGGAGUCUCUCAUCAAUGAGUGCCUACUGGGCCAGCGGGAUCCCAGGCUGUGUGUCCGUGGCUCCGAGGCCAGCGUGGUGUGUGCCGGGCAGGCCGGCCUUGGGCUACUCUGGUCUGUGCUCCUCGGCCUGGGUGCCCUUGUGGUGCUGAUCUGUGGGGCCCUGCUCUGCUGGCGGAUGCGUCGGAACAAAGCCGCUGGGAACCCCCUGGGCCACAUGCACAUGGAGGCGCUGGGGGCUCCAGGGACCCAGCCCCAGCCCCAGGGAGUGGCAAAUCCAGAGCCCCCCAGGGACCCUGACAGUGAGAUGACCCAGCUGGUGAAGGAAAACCUGGUGCUGUGA